AUGAGUUCGAAGGCUUACCAAGCCGUGACGAUUUUCGCCUUACUUCUUAUGCUUCUCAAUGAUGGUCUCUGUCUCUCAGAUCGUGGAAGGGCCUCCUUAAUAAGAGCCUUCCGAGGAAUCGAUCUCGACCAACGCCUCGUAAGACUGAGGAACCUGCGCGUGGUCGACUUGGAUCAGACUUCUUCUUUGUCGGCUACAUCAAUAAACACCACAGAAUAUGGACCAACGGGCGCGAAUGCUGGCUCUGGAGGAGGAUCGAUCAUUGACAAAAAUCGCCUGGAAGGGGUUGACGAGUACUUGUUUGAGGGCGAUAUUAAUCUUACCGAAGAACAACUCUCAGCACUUGAAGCGAGUCUGAAUAGCAGUCGCCAAAAACGGCAAGCUUCGAAGACUGCUCCGCUAUGGGCAAACAAAAAGGUCUUCUACUAUUUUGACCCAAGUAUUGGUGAUCCCAUGAAAUCCCUCGUCAAGAAAGCGCUGAACUAUAUCAGCGCUCGCACAUGCCUCACCUUUGUGGAGAACGCCACAGCCGUUAACCGCAUUCGUGUAUUCAGCGGAGAUGGAUGUUAUUCGAAUGUUGGGAUGAUCGGAGGUGAACAGGAACUAUCGCUGGGCGAUGGUUGCAAUACGGUAAGUUAG